CCCAAAUGUAACGCCACAGGUAUACGGUUAUGUAACACGUACAGGGGAUGAUGCUGAUGCAAAUGUUUUCGCCUGGAUUUUUUAUUAAAGCUGACUAUUAGCAGAGUGGUGCUGAAAUACAAUCCUACACAUAAUACUGCACAUUAUGCAUCUUCUCCCGUUAACAAGCCCUUAAUUCAAUGAAUUUAAACACCUUAAAGAGGAAAAGUUUAGGAUGUGACUACUUUGAAGACAAUGUGAUCCCUAAAGAAAUAAUUCACAGAGAGAUUGAUUUUGUGCUCAGUAAACAAAUUCGCAUAUUGGCGCCAAUUGUUUGGGCAGCUUCCCUCUCUGCUUCCCUGUCCACUAAUUUGAGGAAGUGUAGUUGCAUAGGAUAGGUGCUGCACUCCAUCAGCCCCCAGUCCUCGCACUGGCCCCUCUAGUGCUGUGUAGGAUUGCUGUCUGUACUCAGGUAAGCUGAGUGGUAAUUAACAAAAAGGAUUUUAGGAAUAGGCACAAUACAAAAAUCAUAAAGCAGGAUUUUGGCAAAGAGCAGAAUGCAUUUUAAGGCUCUAAUCACAUCAACUGCUACCAUGUUUGCUCAUGCACAUUAGAACUACUCAUAUGCUACAGUAUUGUAUGGCCAGUGAUUGGUGGUUGGCAGGCAAUGAAAUGGAGUUCCUGUCAUGAUAUUAAGACAUACUGUGCUUUUAUCAGGUGUUAUGGAUGCAUAAAUGCUAAAAAUGUGCUAUUUAAUCCAGUUGGUAGGUGAAUGCUAGGCAACAAAAUGACAUCAUAACGUCUGAUGAUAGAUAAGAACCCCCCAGACCUGCCAAGUUUGGUUGCUCAACUCCUGAUAGCAUAGAAGGAGUUUGCAUAGAGUUGUAGAGCAUUAUUAAAUACUAUUUUUUGCAUUUAAAUUACCACAUAGACUUGUAUUGGACAGAUUUUAAACAGAUUAGAUGAAAGCAGAUGAUAUAUUAUGGAAUUACGAUGAGAGACAAAUGUGUGGUAGAGGCUGAAUUAUCAGAAGUGGUUUUCCCAGCAUGGUGAGGAGAUGAAACGAAACUCUCUGCAAACCGCUGCACAGUCUCAGGCUCAGAGGGUCCCAAGUGACAUCUUGCUAAAACCUCUCCUCCACAAUGCGGCUACCCUUUUUUAUUUUACUGUGCCUCCCACCUAUGCUCUCUUCUGCAAAUCCAACGGAUUGCAAGAAAACACAGUACAAGUGGCCACAUCAUUCACCCGAGCUUUGUUGUGAAAAGUGCCCGGCAGGUGAGUUUGUGGCCAAACGCUCACCGACCACCUGUUAUCGUACAUGUGAACCCUGUGGACCUGGGAAAUACACAACCAGCUACAACGCGGCGAUGACCUGUGAUUUUUGUGACAGCUGCAACAAACCAAACAUGGAGGUGAAAACAGAAUGCAACGCGACUCAUAACACCGUGUGCACAUGUAAGGCUGGCUACAAAUGCGGCGACCAAGACUGUAAAGAGUGUGUAGCGAUACCAGGCACAAUCAUACCCACCGUCCCUCCAUCUACUACUGUGGCAAGACCUGAAGUUACCACCACCCAGCGAGCCCCUAAAGCAAUUGCAGAUACGGCGUGGUUCCUGGUGAUAAUUGCCCUCCUGUGUACAGGAAUUGCACUGGUUGUUGUGACAAAAAUCAAGCCGUUUUUAGUCUGGAUUAGGUUCACUCAUGGGUACUUCUUGGCUGAAAAACCUGCAACACAACCUCAAUGCGAUGAAGAAGUGUCCAAGCCCGUCCAGGAAGUGUGCGGGAAAUGUGACCAACCUAUGUGUUAAAGACCAGAUCUGGAAUUUGGGGGAGCGAGAACCUGACAAGACACUCAGUGGCACAUCCCGGAUGGAAACAUUUGUCACUGCUUUUGGACAUUUAAAUGGAGCUAAAAGGCACUCCGCGCCGUGCUGAUCAGUGAAAUGCCAGAAGGUGCAAAGUUUGAGACUGUUGCUGUUUCCUGAGAGGACAGAUGAUCAUUUUGGCAUCUGUGACUUUGAAGUGUAUAAAAUUGUGGUGGGUAAAAAUCUUGGAACUGAUAAGGCAAAGGGAACAUUGUGGCAGUGAAGGUGAAGUAUGUACUAUAGUACAUAAGGUUAAACAUAUUUCAUGUAUAUCUACAUAUAUGUGCAGACAUAGUUUGCUGCUUUUGUAGCCAGCUUUUCAAUAUCACAUGUGCAUGUUCUGUGUAUAUUUUUUCUUCUAUUUCUUUUUCAUUUAAAAUAAACUUAAUUUGACUAAAA